GAGUCACCGAGGAAACGACACAUUUUUAUGGGUCAAGUGUUGUCUUCAAUAUAAUAUAUUGCGUGUGUCUAUUUGGGUCGGUUUUUAGUUCAAACCGAAAGUUCGGUUUAUUGGUGACUGGAAACUCAUAGGUUUCAGUUUUCAAGGUUUCACUUUACUUUAACGUACAAGUCUGGUUCGGUUUGAUUCGGUUUGGUUAUUAAUCACUUUUCAGUUAAAAUAUUCCACCUUGAAAAUUUUGGCCCUCUAUAAAUAACCCCCACCCAUCUUUCAUUUUCCCCAUCUCUCACUCUAUGCUCUGCUCUCAUCACCUUUUCCCUUCUCCUAACUAGUUUUCCUUCAUCACUAAUCAAUCAAGAUCCGUUUAGAUAAGACUUCAGGAAUCAGGCUCAUACAGUCGCGUAAUCAACUGAUAAUGGAUCACAUGAAGCAACAAUAUGGAGGUUCUUUGUCGUUCACUGAGAGACUCUUCGGCCCCAAGGAUGCACCCUCCACGUCAUCAUCGGGCCUUUUCAGCUCUGUUUUCGGUCCCUCUUCCACUGGUCUAGGAAGAGACUCUAAGAACACAGGAUUGUCCAAAAAACCGGAAUUUGGAGGUACCAAACCUCCAACACAAGAUUACAAGACACAAAGAACUACCGGUGAAAAAGAUGGGAAUCCGGUUUACCAAAACGGAAUAGUAGAGCCAUGCUAUCUGAGUUCAUCCAUUUAUUAUGGUGGCCAAGAAGUUUAUUCAUCAAAUACUCAUACAAAUCGCCCUCAGUGUAUCUUCAAGAAACAUGGAGGUGAUGAUGAUCCCAGUGCUUCAAGGGGAAAUUGGUGGCAAGGAUCUCUCUACUACUAAUGUCUUUUCGAGUCUGGACGGAGAAUUAGAAGUGGCAAGACGGUAAUGAUCCUAAGUUUUGCCGGAGCUCAUAUUUUCAUUACAAGGGGCUUAAUUUUAAAUUUUCUUUAAAGUCAUGUUCAGGUUCUGAUGUCGGUAUGUCUGAAGGCUUUUCUUUGACUAGCCUUAACAAGUGUAGUUUAAUGUGUCUUCAACUCUCUUAAUGGUCUGGUCUAUAUAUGAAAUAUGUAUGUAAACCCUUUUUCUUUACCUAAUUUAGUUGGUUUUUGACUAGUAA